AUGGCCGCUGUGAAAGGCGAGGGGAGGGUCUGCCCCAAUGCAAAUAUCCACCACUUUGUGCGCCUUGGACUCCCUGACAACUCAGCCUGCUUCCAACACAAACAAGUGUCCCAAGUUUUCACCCAAGGAAUGACUAGAGGCAAAGUCGAGAUGAGGACAGCGCAGCAUCCCAAAUACGUGCACCUGCUGAGGACCACAUAG